AUGUCCUGUCAGAUGGGCAGAGUCCCACAUCCCUCUCCUCCACCUCAUCAGGCCUCCCGCACCACUGUCGCAUCACCAAAGGCCCGAACAGCACACCCUCUCACCAACCCAACUACCUUGACGUCGUCACUAUCGUCGAGUGUCGAUCCGGGCGGCCGAAGUGGACGUGCCCAUGAUCAACCGUCGAGCGUCAACACUCAGCUCGCAGCAGAUGGUGGCUGGCAUACGGAUUCAGCCCUCGGACAAGAACCGUAUCACCAGCUUCCAGGACCACAGGACCCUCCGUUGAGCGUCAAUCCUCAGCUCGCGGCAGAUGGUGGCUGGCAUAUGGAUCCAAACUUCGGACAAGAGCCAUACCGCCAGCCUGCAGGAGCCCACGACGUACCGACGAGCGUCAACACUCAGUUCUGGAAUCCGCCCAGGUCCACCUCCUCUGCAUCGAUUACAGGCCCUGCCUAUCCUUCUGCUCAAGUUCACCGUCGUACUGCCAACCCUCUUUCUGCAUUUGCUGUGAGCGAGUAUGGCUUCUCACCAUGCACUCAGCCACCACCUCCAGCAACUCCAGACAACCCAGUCCCAGCUGCCAGGAUCCCAGCACCACCUCAGCGUCACCAAGUCUUACCAAUCAGAGCCAGCCGUUCGAUUCGCAGGUCCAACCAGCUGCUUCACGCACAACUUCGCCUUACUGCUCGGGAGCAGUCCACUGUGCCCAGCGGUUCUGGGGCCGGAUCAGCAGCUCCUCGUCGUUCCAUGCAACUGCAGCACGGUGCUUGUGAUCGCAUCCAAUCUCUCGACCGCCGUCACCAUCGCUACAACCGCCAACGCCGACUUCAACGAGUUGUUGCCGAUUCAAUCAACGGGAUGACCAUCUCAGCGGCUCGACAGCUGCAAGCUGAGCGUGCGUUCUUCUCACCAUCAUCCUCGCCAUCGUUGCUGGCAUCGACCCGCACUCCUCGGACACCAGAGCCGAGACCCGCGUCGCCACACCUGCUUCCCGAACACAUCUACCGCUCGCAACAAGCCCGCUCUACGCCUGCAUUCACCUCACCGCCUUCGCCACCGUUGCCCAUUCCAGCGCCGCGCUACAUUCUCCGCUCGCAGCAAUAG